AUGCCAAUUGCAGAUUUCCCCAUUGGGCUAUCUCGCGCCUUUACUCCUCUCCCCGCCGCCGUCACAAACACACAUAGGUCCGACUUCCCUGCCUCCAGGUCCAACUUCCCCUCUGCCAAGUACAGCUACUCCGUCGCUAGGUACAGCUUCCUCGCCACGGCUGCUCCGCCACCAGGUCCACCACCGGGGCGGCGCCGUCGUGUUGAUCAGGACGGACCCAUCAUUCGUCUCCCUCUGGUACCCGCGGCAGGCCGGCAACCCCAAGAGUCGCAGGAGUGCCCAAGCCGGUGGACACCGUGGCCUAGUCCAGCACGCCCGUGGCCUGUGAGGCAAACGACGCGGCCCUUGCCAGCGCGGCUGAUGGCGCGGCAAGUGCCAGCCCGGCACACGGCGAGGCGGGGGCCAGCUCGGGAGGCGACGUGGUGGGGCUAAGACAGGCGCACGGCACGGCGCGGCAAGGCUCAGUGCGUUCGUGGCAAUGGCAGGGGCCUCCAUGACCGGGGCGUGCACCCCCGCGGAACAGCUCGGCGCGCGAGGUGUGGGCAGGCCCUGUCCGGCGCUGUGGAGGCUGUGGCCGGCGUGCUCGUGGUGGCCGGCGCGCCCGUGUCCAGUCCGACGGCGGACGGUUCUUCAGUCCCCAUGGGCCAUGGCGGCGCGAGAACAGAGAGACGACGAACGUAGACGAGAACAUGCGAGAUUCAUGCACAAGGGUAAUGGUGUCUUCUCAUGUUCAAACUACACGUAACAUAAUUAAAGGAAUAUUAUACGGUGAAUGGUAAUAUAAUCAAUUAGAAGAUCUUUGUAAUCCCAUUUAUAUGAAUUAAAUGUUUGAGAUGGUAUUAUUUACGAA